AUGCCAGCUGAGCUCAUUCCCCUCAACCAAAAUGGUCCUCAGCUCCAGCCUCCGACCACGCCUACCAAAGGCAGCAGCAGCAGCAGCAGCGGCGGCAGACACAACACGACGAGUAGCCACAGGCGAGCAGCAGACAUGGCUGCUGGAAAGGGAGACAACAAGCACGCGGCUCCCCACGAGCAAUUGCCCUUUAUCAAGCGGUACCGGACAGAGGUCAGCGCCUCUGCUUCCAGCGUCCUGUCCACCCUGACUGCUUUCCCCCUCGACAGUGUCAAGACACGCAUGCAGACAUACAACUACUCCGGUUUCCUGGACUGCGUAAAGCACACCUACCAAACCGAGCAACUGAGGGGCUUUUUCCGGGGCGUGGCUGCCCCUAUGGCUAGUAUCACCCUCGUGCGAACGGUCUCGUUCUCGAUUUACCAACGAUCCAAAUAUGUCUACUCGGACUGGCUCAAGAAGAAUUUUGGCAUUGACGUUCUCGCCCACGUCAACAAGCAGGGGACAUACCCAAACCUAUCCUCUGUGGCCUGUUUUGGAGCGGCCGGGGCAACGGCUGGUUCUUGUAUCACACUCAUCGCAUGCCCUUUCGAGCUCACCAAGCUGAGUGCCCAGGUUUCAGUGCUCCUGGCCGAUAAGAAGAACUGCACCCACCCGGAGAGCCACAAAAUUGCCGCGAGCUAUCAGAACAAGGGCACGUUCAAGACCAUGGCCAACAUCAUUCGACACCGUGGCCCUUUCGGACUCUACACAGGGUUCAAUCUACAUCUACUGAGGGACACGUUGGGCACCGGCAUUUACUUCAUGACAUACGAAAGCAGCAAACAGCUAUUGACGACGUUUGGCGGUGAUGGGACCCACUCGAAUCCUUUGGCGGUCCUGGUCGCCGGCGGCCUCUGCGGGAUAGUAUCAUGGGCCAUGAUCUAUCCGAUCGACUCCGCGAAGAGCAUAUAUCAGCGUAACUGUCUAAUGUACUCUAGGGGUCAGACAGUUCCCCGUGUGAAGAUCGAGUUCUUCCGAAGGCAUAUGUACAGGGGCCUGGGCGUGUCCAUGGGUCGAUCCUGUGCCGUGAACGCUGUUUUCUUCUCUUCCUUCGAAUUUCUGAAGAAACGAAUCAACGCCAUCAAGGAGAAGGAGUGA